AGCAGAGGUCAUAUUCUUGCUCCUCCUUCCGACGCUGUCAAUGGUGUGUGGUUAAUGAGGCCGUGGAAGGCAGCGUUGAGUAACCGCAGGAUGGAGGGGCUCCGUUGGGCUUUCGGCUGCGGCUCCUGGCAGCCGACUCGCUCCGAGUGGUUACUGGCGGCUCGCUGUGUGCAGGCCGAGGAGAGAGAGCGCAUUGGCGCGUUUGUCUUUGCAAGAGACGCCAAGGCCGCCAUGGGUGGCCGUCUGCUCAUCAGGAAAUUAAUUGCUGAAAAAUUGAUGAUUCCAUGGAAUGAAAUUCAGUUGGCAAGGACAACGAAAGGAAAGCCAUAUCUGGCAAAUCCAGUCCUUACCACAAUCCCAAAUUUUAAUUUCAACAUUUCUCACCACGGAGAUUACGCUGUUCUGGCAGCUGAACCUAAUCUGCAGGUUGGUGUAGAUAUUGUGAAGACUGAUUUUCCAGGUAGUAGCUCUGUUGCAGAGUUUUUCCGCAUUAUGAACAGACAAUUCACAGAUUAUGAAUGGAAAACAAUCAAGAUGGCAGGUGAUGAGUGGGCGCAACUGGAUAUGUUUUAUAGGCACUGGGCUUUGAAAGAAAGCUUUAUAAAGGCAAUAGGCAUUGGAGUGGGAUUUAACCUGCAGAGAAUUGAAUUCCAUGCAUCACCAUUACAUAUGCAAACAGGACAGGUCUCUAAGGAAACAAUGAUGUUUUUGGAUGGAGACCAGGAAGAAGCAUGGACAUUUGAGGAAACUAUUCUGGAUGAUAAUCAUCAUGUUGCUGUUGCACUUGGCAAACCAGACAUGUUUGGCAAAUAUGCUGUACAGGUACAAGAGGAUAUUAAUCAAGAACCACCCCAGUUCACACUUUUGUCCUUUAAGGAUCUAAUCUCAUCAGCCAUUGUUAUGGCACCAGAGGAUCCUGGGCACUGGGAGAAUUUUCAAGCCAAGCACAAAAAAGCAAGUCGUCAACAUCGGAUGCCUGUAUGACAUUACUGUAAGGAGCAAAACUAUCAGUAAUGUAUCUUGGGUAUCUUAAUCACAGAACCUUGGACAACCAAAAGAGACAAUGCACAUUUAAAUCUAUUCUUUCCAAUUCCUCAGAAAGAGUUUUUCUUCAGCAUUUUACAGAAUGAUGUGCUCUUUGGUUUUGAGUUCAUGAUUUAUGAUGCUGAGUGUGACAUUGUUAUAUUGAUGGCUUUUUAUUUGACGAUGUGCUUUUGAAGAGCAAAAGUGAAAACAAAAAUAUCUUUAUUACAACCAAAUGGACAUGAAGGAAUAGACUAUUCUUUCAGAUGAUUCAUGAAGAAAUCAACUACUUGGUGAAGGGCUAACUGCAGUAAAAAUACGUAAGAUUCACUGCUGCAAGAGAAAUCCAGAGAAGCAAUUUCUUGCCUUGCAUAGGCAACAUAUUAGGAAGUACCUAACCUUACAAUUCUUCUUUAUUCUUGACAUUUGCUGCAUCCUACAGGACUAGAUGUGGCCAUCUGACAAUGACAGGGAUACAGCAAGAUAAGUGCUGUCCCUUCAAAUGAUUUCAAUGUUCUCACCAUAUAAAUAUAACCCCUUCCAUCAUGAUAUAGAGUGUACACCGUCUGAUGAGCCUCAGUUUGUUUUUUAUUAUGGUAGAAAACACUUAUCACAUGUGCCUCAAAUUAGUGAAUGGGCAUCAUCUAAAUUUCAAAUCAAGUUACAUAAACUAAGUGUUUACUGUUUCACAUAUAACCAAUUUCAUAUUCAGUUUUCUCUUCCAUACGUGAUAUGAUUUUUUGCUGAAUUUGCUGAAAGAGCCAACUGGUUCCCUGCCUUGUUUUCAGUCAAAGAUAGUUCUGCAUGUAAUUUCCCAUAUUGUAAGGGGUUGAGUGAAAUUAACUCAAAACAAUUCUAAGGAAUUUUACAAAGGGAACAUGUUUUGGUGCCACCUAACACUGAUGAUGCCCAUUCAUUCUUGCUCCUCCUACUCCACAAACCCCACCCCUCUCUCUCCACAUCACAGAAAGUAGCUCAGAAAUAUAGAAACACAGAAAACAGAAGCAAGAAUAGGCCAUUCAGCACUUCAAACCUUCUCUGCCAAAUCAAUAUGAUCAGUACUUAGCAUCCUGCUCCCACUUUCUCCCUUUCCUUUGAUCCCUUUAGCCUAAGAACUGUAUCUAAUUCGGUGAAAAUAUUCAUAUUUUUGGCCUGAACUGCUUUUUGUGACAGAGAAUUCCACAGGCUAACCACUCUCUGGAUGAAGAAAUUUCUCCCCAUCUCAGUUCUACAUGGUCUACCUCAUAUCUUUAGGCUCUGACUCCUGGUUCUGCAUUCCCCAGUCAUCUAGACCCUGUCUAAUCCUGUUAGAACUUUGUAAGUUUGCCCAAGAUCCCCUCAUUCUUCUAAACUCCACCACACAGAAAUUAAUACUUUUUAAAUAAUCUUUGACAUAAAUCCUUUUUAUUAUAACCAAAACCUGUGUAUAAUUCUCUUUUGCUAGCACAUAAUCUAAUAAUGAGGCACCUAAUUUGUUGGUUACUUAUUCUGAGCCUUGAACAUCUUAGUGUGUCGGUAUCUUGUGUGUUUUUCUCAACACUGCUUCCAGUUUGGUAAUCUUUUUUAUGUUUACUAAUAAUUAGAAAACAUAAUUUCUUUUGCUUUUACUCUUUUUUUUCCCUUGCUGGCGAAGUCCAGCCAGUCCUCUUUGUGUACCUCACCUUCCUAAGGUUUACAAUGUUGGUUCAGUAAUUCACUUUAUUAGAACCCAGUCUGAAUAUUUUUGUUCAUUUGCAGUCCAGUUGCACAGUUCAAUUCCACUUUUUCUUAAGAACCAAGUUUAUCAGCAAGCAACAGUAGAAAGCUAACCUUAUGCAAGACUGAUUCAAUCUUGUCUCCAAAUACCUGUAUAAAGAAGUACUGUGGAAAAUAAUUAGCUUUUCUAUCAAAUUACUGGAGCUCUAGGAAACAGGAAACUGUAUCUAAUUAUAUUUACGAAGGCUGAGGGGAGAAAAGCCUUUAAGCAACAGUGUUUUAAUUGGUUGAUUUGUAUAUCUCUACUUUAACUUGGUAUUUACAAUUCCUCCCAGCCCUUCAGGAAUAUCAGAGCAAUCUAUGAAAUUCAGUAAUUCCUAAUAAUUAAUGAAUGCUUCUUGGAGGUAGUAUAUGCACAUGUUUGCAGGUUCUUUGAUGUGGAACUAACAUCAAGUGAUGAGAAAAGUUGGUGGUUCAGAGAUGCUUGGAUAAACCUUCAUGAUCAAUUGAAAAUGAAUGGGGUUAUACUUGAGGCUUGAAUAGAUUAUUACUGGGAUCUGCAUUUUAUAUGUACCAGCACUUUAUACACCAUUUUUCUUUGCAUAAUCAUUAUUUUUACUGAAAUAAAUACAUUACAUUUUAAA